CAGAGGAGCCAUGCACGAUGUGACUGCAGGAAGUGUAGCGUCGUCUUUAACCCGGAGGCACAGCGGGACGAGCGGGAUCGUGCAGGAAGUAACGUGGAGGCGGAGGAUGUUCCCGUUGACGCACCGCCUGGUCUGAUCCAUCCGCAUCAUGUUCUCUCCUCUUGCGGGGGCUCAGGAUGAAUUCCAUCCGUUCAUCGAGGCUCUGCUACCCCAGGUCCGUGCCUUCGCCUACACGUGGUUCAACCUCCAGGCCCGGAAAAGGAAGUACUACAAAAAACAUGAGAAACGGAUGACAAAAGAAGAAGAGAGAUCUGUCAAAGAUGAACUGCUGGGAGAGAAGGCAGAGGUGAAACAGAAGUGGGCCAGUCGUCUUCUGGCCAAGUUAAGAAAGGACAUUAGACCUGAAUGCAGAGAAGACUUUGUUCUAUCCAUCACUGGGAAAAAAACUGCUUGUUGCGUCCUGUCGAACCCGGACCAGAAAGGCAAAAUGAGACGAAUAGACUGCCUCCGACAAGCUGACAAGGUGUGGAGGUUGGACCUGGUGAUGGUCAUCCUGUUUAAAGGAAUCCCACUGGAAAGCACAGAUGGAGAGCGACUGGUCAAAGGAGGCCAGUGUUCUAAUCCAGUUCUCUGUGUCCAGCCGAGACACAUCUCCAUCUCUGUGAAGGAGCUGGACCUCUACCUCGCCUACUAUGUGCAAGACAGAGAGGGAGAGCAGAGCACCAGUCCCAGUCGCACCGGAGUGGGUUCUGACCAGGAGGACAGUCGAACCGCCACCAUGGAUGGUCCAGAGUUCCAUGAGAGCUUUGAGAGAUCAGGUGUCUUCAGUGUCACUGAGCUGGUCCAAGUCUCAAGAACUCCAGUGGUCACAGGAGUAGGACCUAGUUUCUCUAUGGGGGAGCUCCAGGGUCAUCUGGCCUACGACCUCAACCAGCCGGUCAGCCUCAGACGCUCACUGCCCAACACCUCAUCCAGCGGUAGUAAGCGGCAUAAGUCUGGCUCCAUGGAGGAGGAGGCCGACAGUCCAGGGGGGGAGUAUUACCACUCGCCCUCCUCUCCUGCCAGCAGCUCCAGGAACUGGACUGAUGACAUGGAAGGAGGUCUGUCUCCUCCAUUGAAAAAAGCAGAGCUGGAAAGUCCUUCUUCCCAGGAGGACUCACCAAGAUUGGGCUCCUUCACUCAGCACCACCAGCCAGUCAUAGCUGUUCACAGUGGUCUGUCUCGGAGUCACCACCCUUCAUCAUCUAUACAUUUCCCACAGACGUCCUACUUGCCCCACGGAGCGAUCCGCUAUCCCCCCCAUCUGGCCCAGGAGACCCUCAAAGAUCUGGUCUCAUUGGCCUGCGACCCUGCCAAUCAAGCUCCUAGCUCACUGAAUGGAGGCAACCAAGGGAAAGUUCCCAGUCACUACAUCUCCUCUCAGAUGUUGGCCUCCCCUGGAAAUGCCCCCUCCCCGGCUGCCCCCCCGUCCUCCUUACACAGGCCGACUCUGCCUGCAGAGUCAAAGGCCACUAGCACCUCCUCUGACGGGGGGGCAAACUCAACCACAUCCCCCACAUACUCGGCCCCUGGGACACCCCCUGCCAAUCGCACCUCCUUCGUUGGAGUCACUCCUCGAGACCCAAGUGGACUCUACCAAAGCCAGUCCUGGUAUCUGGGCAACUGAGGGAACUGUGGAGGAAAGGUGAUUGUCAAAGCAGCAAUGUCUUGGAGGAAAGGAAACGAUGCUGUCAUGACAUUACCAGAGGAAAAAUAUAUUCAUCUUUGUAGAAGUACAACAUGUCGUCGUACGUAUAUAUAAAUAUACAGUGUGGUAUAUUUGUAUGUACCCAGAAGAGACAUCCUGGAUGAAAGACUCAGCCGUGUUCAAACACAGAGGGAACUAUGCCAUGUGAAACAAAAUGUUUCUCACAAAUGACCACAGUGGACCAGAAUCAGCCCUCAACACACCACAUCCUAAAAUACCUGUAUCCUAGUUUUGUUCCCGGGAUGAGGUCUGUGUUCCUGGAAUGAAUGUCAGGCUUUAGCGUUGUACACUCGGUCUCUACACAGUAAAUGCAGCUCAAGGCCUCCUCCAAACAACCUCAUACCCCCUCAACACCCAGAAUGCCCCUCUCCCCUGCAGUUGCUGCUAAUAUACUGUAUAUGCAAACAAGCCUCCCUUUUUUCUGAACCCACCAGAAAGAGAUAUCCUUCUGUUGUAAUGUUUAUUCACCAUUUUUAAUAUGUUAUGGAUACAUCAAAAGAAAAUUUAGCAUUGAAAAUAAGCAAUUUUUGUCUUUCCUCUCGCUAAAAGACGGAUGGUUUGUCUUUUUCUUUAGAGCCUAAAACAUUAUGUUGCUGUGCAAAGCAUAUGUGUUUAAGGCUGUUUAAAUAUUAUGUUUAUCAUAAAUCAAAGAGCAACUGUGGAAUAGAAAAGUUAUUUUCCAGCCUGCUCAAACACAUCACACAGUGCUAAAGUUGAACACUAGUGCGGAGUGAGGCCCCUGUGGAACCAGGACAGGCUCUGCUACUACUCCAGCAGGUCCCAGCAUCAGGUCUGGGAUGUGGCAUGUUAGCAAGCCGGCAGGCUGUGGGUUGAUCAUCUUGUAAAUGCCAGUGCGUAAGGCUCUGAAUGACUUGAAGCUUUUCUUUUAGCUGCAGAACGGUUUAGAAACCAACUGACCUGACCAGUCUGCAGCAGUAGUGUUUGUGUUGGGGUUCAGAUGAAAACAAGGACAGGUUAGCCGCAGUGCUAAGGUUAGUUUAAAAAGCAACCUUUAUGCUUUAACACAAACCAACCAGCCAGAAGCAUUUCAAUCAACGAGUUUCCUUUCUUUUCUGUGUAAUACCGAAACCCAAUAUUUAUAUAAUGACUGCUUUAGUGAGGCAUGGCAAUAUAUUCUAGCUUUUCAAAGCUUAAUAAUGUUUGAUAUUUUAUAGCUUACGCUUACACGCUGCAUGUUAACUCAGUGGAUAGAAACGACUCAGUCUCUGUGUUGUCAAAGAUCUGAAUGCAGAGGAGAGAAAUGAAUGCUUUAAGUUAUUGAUUGUCAGUCAAAUCUAGCCAUACACCCUGGCCUUUUGCUGAUUCAUACACCAUCAGUUUGGAGAUAGCAACACUGAUUAUUAAUUCGAUUUUUAGGUUAUAAAAUUUAAUAAUGUUUUCCAUACUUUAAUAUGUGAUGCUUUGCAAAUAAUGAGCAGUCAUUUAAAACAUGUCCCCUGAGGAUGCUGAAAGGUGUGAGGUGCCAUCAGAUGGAAGUGCAAGCCAAUUUGCAUUAUUCACACGAAUUUGGGCGCUAGAGUGGUUCUGCAGUCCAAAGACAUCAUAAUCGUUUAUUUGGUUGCUCGCUUUUCCUAUGGAAACAGUAAGGGUUAUGGUUUGUGUGAUGACUGUGACUCGAAGAAUCAUGAAUAGUUUUCCUUUUGCCCUACUCCCCUUUCCUUUUCUACAUAGACAGUAGAUUGCAGGGUCUAUUUCUUUAGAUCUUGAUUAAGCCUGUAUUAAACUAUGCACGAUAUUUCUUGAAACACAUUAUGUGCCUUGCCCUUUAGUUAAAAAUUGAUAUACUUCAUAUAAGCAUAGUAGCAUGUACAAAACAACACAAAAAAGCUGCAUGAUUGCUUGACAUUAGCCAGUGUAGCAGGUGUACUGAGGCAGUCUCUUAAGUGCAAGCUCAAGGUGAGCUUCAGCAAAGGCUGGGCCACGCUCAUCCUCCGGUUCAAUCCACCUCAAAUGAUCAAUGGACUGUACUUGUAUAGCGCGUUAACACUUCAUAUCAUCAUUCACCCAUUCACAGCCAUUCAUACCCUAAUAACAGCAGCUACCAUACACGGAGCCACCUGCCUAUCAGUAACUAACAUUCACAUCCUGCACACUCAGUAGUCACAGCUACAGGAGCAAUGUUAGAGUUAAGUGUCUUACCCAAGUACACAUGGACACACUGGUUAGCAGGACCUGGAAUUGAACCUCCAAUCCUCUGAUUGGAAGACACCAGUCCUCUCUUCCCUAAAGACUGUAAACAUCUGCAGUGAAAGGCAGUUUUCAUUUAGGUAAUUCCACAUCUCUGCUAACAUACUCUCAUAAGAUAACAUUUCUAUAAUUUAAUUGAGCCCACACACAGCAGACACCCCUGGCCCUAUUAUCUCAGCUGAAGAUCCAUUCACUACUUUUGUCAAUUUGACGACAUCUCAACGAUUUUAUCUGCCGAUGAGUCGUCCCUAGUGUAGUGACAAGUAUAGAACUUCAGUCUGCUGAACACAAGUACUCACAUAUUUACAUCUUUUAGGAUCGCACCAGUGGUUAUGAUCUUCCCUCCAGAUUCUGUAUUUAAUGGCAAACUUCCUUACUUUGAUCAUACAACAAGGGUAGCAUCCCCAUUAGAGCAGAGCUAAACUUAAGGUUAGAAUAAGAAAAGCACGCUUGACCAGGUGGGGAUUUGAUCUCACAGCUGUUCUGGUUCAGUUGGUCAACUGUUCCAAGCUAAGGAGAUGGCUCUUAGUGUUAUAAAUGAAACAUUAUUGGGGGGUACAGUUUGGCUACUUUGUAUCUCAAAAAAGCACUUUAGAAAAAGAAAAAAAGUUGGUUGGAAAUGUGAAGUCUGGUAGUUAAGAAUUCUCUAAUUGUUGAAAGAAGCUUUCUGUUUUAAAUUGCAGUAUCAAACUCAUUAUUUACCUCAGAAAAGAGGUCCAAGACAGCUUCUUGACUACAUCUGGCCACGAGAACCGUCCCUUAGCAUGUAUUACUUUACACAUGUGAAGAAUCGUGUGUCGAAAUUAUUUCAAUUGUGAUAGAUUUAUUAUAUAAAUGCAUGCACAUAAUAUUCUUACUUAACUUUUAGGUCAUUUAUUUUUUAAACUAAUGUCCCUGGCACUUGAAACAGCUGGACAAAUAUAUUUAAGGAGGUGAACAGAAUAAUAUAAUGUCGCACAACCCAACAAAGAUAAACAUUUCCAUGCAUUUAAAUCACCCCCCAGUGGCAAGGGUUAUGUAGGCGUAUUAUGAGGCUUAUGGUGCAGUGGCUUUGUAAGUGAUGGCCAAGAUUAGUGAAGAAAUUGUACUUUGAGAAUCUCAUCACUGCUUUAUGAUGUGAUGUGCUCUCUCAGGUUCAUAGAACAUCACGCCAUCGCUUUCUCUGCUCUCUUUGACUUUACUGGGAUGGAGACAGCAUGGACAGAGAAUGACAGUGCCUAUGAUUUGACUUCUAGUUUCCUCUUACUUACUAUGGAGUGCUGUGCAAUAUAUUUUGGUCCUGUGACACAAUUCAGCCCUGGCCUCCAGAGAUGUACUGUGCAGGUCCUGAGGUAACAAGCCAUAGACAACCCAAAGAGUUGAAGGAAACAGACUAGGAUUCAUGGUUCUUCACUUCAGUUUGGAUCUGGUCCACAUACCUAAACCCCUGUAUAUGCUUUAGCUCUUGUUCAGCACACGGAUCUCGGAUCGGACCUUUUCACAAAACAUAUUUUGACAUGUCACAGUUGGAAAAGCUUUAUUUUCUGGUAUUGUGCUUGUGCUCCAAUAUCACACUGAAAGAACUUUGUUGUGAUUGUGGACCUGUAGAGACAGGUAGAACUACACAUGAAAUGCUCAUUGCACACAUAAUAGUAAUUAUAUGAUACAUUGUUGCGUCAUACUGUUUUGUUACUUGGAAUGCAUUUUAAGAUAAUUUUUGGGGAAAGAGGGACAGAAAAUUGGAAUGCAUUAGCUAUUGCCUUUUAUAUUCUGACACCCUUAGCCUUCAUUUUGUUCAAAACUUAACACUCGGGAAUUGAAGUUGUGACUCUGCACAGACACACACUGCUGGGAAACAAUACCAGUGUUGGCGGCGCAGCUAAUAAUUAUGCACAUAAAGAUGCAGGUGUGAUUAUUUACUGUUUAGCUUUAGUUUGAUUCAGCAUUGUUUCAGUGUUAGUUAUUCUGUGGCAGUUAAACCAACCAGACAAGGCUCCUAUUAAGAUGCAUCGUAACACAAUAAUAUGUUUAACUCUUGGAACGGGUUGUUACGGUUGGUGUUGUAAGCCAUUUUUAAUAAAACUAUAGGGGGUUCCUGUUUGGUGAGCCCAGCAGAUACAGUGGAUCAGAUCUGAAGCUGAAUGCUGUGUGAUGGAAAGAGGUGUCCAAAUUGGUUUUGUGGGAUUGGGACAUUUUUCACACAUGGUUAUUUUUUCUAUAAACCGUCAUUCAACAGAGUACCUACUACUGUUGUUGCCUCUAAACCUUGUAACUCCAAUAUAUGUUUCUUUUUGAUAUUUCUUAAUGGAGUUGUAUUUUUUUAAUUGCCCUUCAAACCCUUUUGUGUAAAUCUUAGUUACUGAGAAUCUGCUUUUGUAGUGCUACAAGUUACCUUUUGUAGAGAUACCAUGUUGUUACUUUUCUGUAUGUCCCGGUACAUCACUUUAGCACACUGUAUACUCAAUGUGCUGGAGAGAACCUUUUAAAUUCAGUCUCAGAUUUCUCAGAACUUUUCAGAUAUUAUAGUAAAGCUGCUUUGCUUGCUUCCAGAUUUAUAUCCCUUACAUGAGAGAGCAUAAGUAUGAACAGAUUUCAUCAGUUAUUGCAUGACCACAGUCCACGAAAACAGACCUUUCACAUGAACUGCACAUCUCAGUACUAUGGCAUACCAACACUAAAUCUUUUGUAAUCGAUACCUCAAAUCAAUAGACAAGGGUGAGGUGAAGCCCUUUAGUUUAUAUAUUUCUGAAUACCUCAUAGUAUAUUUUACCUUUGCUACUAUCCAAAAAAAGCGCUUUAAAGAAAUGAUUAUGCCACAACGUCCUUGUUUAACUGUAACAAUUACCCUGCAACACACUUUUAAUUGACACCGGACGGCCAAUAACACAUGACUUGGUAUGCCAAUGUAAUAAAGUCUGAGAUUGAUAGAGCUGGUAUUAAACCUGAGAUGUUUACAGUGGAAAGGGCUGCUGCUCUGGCCUGAAUGUAGUUUGUAGCAACUUUAAGUACUUUGUAAGAAAGAAUGUAAGAAGUCAACCUUUAUUUGCAUGAUGUAAAGAGCUCCUCAACAACUGCACUUAGAAACGGCCAUUUAAACUAAAGUCAUGAUGUAUUUCUCAAAGUCAAGGGUCUUUCCUUGGUAGGCGUGGCCCUUGAGGUCCUACAGAAUUUAAACAAGAUCUAUUUUUUUGCAUUUAGAAAGCCACAUGGCACACUAAAGCAUAUAUUUAAGUUAUUCCAACAAUCACGCAAACCUAACUUAAGAGUUAGAUGUAAUAAUACACUGGCUUACAUGCGGCCUGUCCCUGUUGUUGCCAUCCUCAUCAUAGGAUGCUUGAAAAGUAACUCACUGUGUGACAAGAGAAUCUAGCUUUUAACGUCUGGCCUUUAGAUUUAAUAUAUGGUACCAGUCAAAGGUUUGGACACACCUUCUGAUUAAAUUGAAUGAAAUGGUGUGUCCAAAAUGUUGUUUGGAACUGUAUGGGAAGAUCCAGCAUUGAAUUGGGAAUUUCAAAUGUUCAGAAACCGAUUUUAGUGGAGUUCAAAUGUAUUUCCAAACAGAUAAGAGCAGCUGCAGGUGUUUUAGAAGUGUGAAGACACACAUGCUUGAAAUGCCUCAGAGCAAAGAACUUGGUCCUUGACUUUGAGAAACCCUCAUGGACUCUCUUCUCAAGGUUGGACUUUCUGUUCUAGUUUGAAUGCCUCAUUGUUUGAGUCAGAACCCUUUGAUAAAAUAUCAUUGUAACCAUAUUUAGUCAUUGCAUUCAGUAACUGCUGAUGAGUUCAUUUCUGGAAAUGAAUAGGUUUCCCUAUGCAAAAGAAUGUACCAUGAAUAAACCAGAUAUACCACAA